AUGUCAGUUGAUGGAGGGUGGACAGACUUUGGUUCGUGGGAGCCCUGUAGCGUCUCUUGUGGAGGGGGUAUAACAUACAGAAGGAAGAAUUGCACUAACCCAACUCCGGCACAUGGUGGCGCUAACUGCACCGGUAUAAGUGUAGAGAAUGCAACAUGUGGAGAUGUCAUCUGUCCUGUUGAUGGUGGUUGGGGAGCCUGGGGAGGAUGGACUCUUUGUAAUACAGACUGUUAUAAGUAUCGGUAUCGUACAUGUGACAACCCUGUACCCAAGUAUGGUGGUAAGGAGUGCCCUGGAGACAGCCGUAAAACUGCAGCAUGCAGCCUCGUGGUAUGCCCUGUUGAUGGGCAGUGGAGUGCAUGGAAUGAGCAUUCCUGUGAUCAGACAUGCAGGGGGCGAAAAACCAGACGCUGUACCAAUCCUCCACCGGUAAGAGGUGGCCAGCCAUGUGAAGGCGCUCAUGAAGAGAUAUAUGGGACCUGCAGAGGCUUUGACUGCGUUCACAAUGGUGAGUGGUCCGACUGGACACCUUGGAGUGAAUGUAGUAAGACUUGUUCAAGAGGGAACCAGACUAGAGUAAGGACGUGUACCAAUCCAAGACCAAGGAAUGGUGGUAAACCCUGCCCAGAAGAUGACGAGACGGAACAGUUCCAAAGCUGCUUCAAACAAACAUGUCCAGUUCCUUUGGGCUAUGUCCGUAAGGUGGUACGACCAAGCAUGAACAUCCCGUUCGGUACAAUACUUGGCAUUGUCUUUGGCUCAAUGGGAGGGUUCACAUUACUCUUGUUGAUUGGUUUAGGUAUUCGUAAACAACAGCUCCUCAGGAAGCGCAACAAGCUCAUGGAAGAUCGUGAGAAAUCUAAGCUUUACAAAGAUGCUGCUGACAUGAGCAUUAUUCCGGAAGGGAAGAAGAGUGCUCUAAAUAAGCAACGUCGUCAGCAGUUGAAGGCAAGACUGAAGAAGAAUGGACGCUUUAGUGAGACGGAACCCUUGCUGGACUAUGGAUUUGAACUGGACGACCGUGCCUUUUCGUCCAUGUCGUCUCGCCCCGGCAGUUCCAUUUCCUGCCCCGGUAGUGCAGUCUCUCGCCCCGGUAGUGCCGUCUCACGCCCUGGUAGUGCAGUCUCACGCCCCGGUAGUGCCGUCUCACGUCCAAGAAGCGCUGUGUCCCACCCUGAAUCUUCAGUCUCCCGCCCAGGUAGUGCCAUCCGAACGCCGACAUCACCAAGCUCCCCAGGCAGACCGGAGACGGCUGAGGGUAGACGUCUCAGCAGUGAAGCUGCAGCUACUCCUGAUAACUCCGCUAGAGUACCUGAAAUUACAGCAGCUGGCAGAGAGAACUCUUCGGUCGGAGCGAACCCUGCAAUUAAAUCCAAUCCGGGUCUGGAUGUACCUGGACAGCAGGUAGCCGGUGCACAGCGCUCUUCGUUGCUGCGCACACCACGACCAGAGAGUACCAGGCCAGACACUUCUCUGAGAGUUGAUACACCGAUGAUGAUGGCAGGCCUCAAACAGCUCGAUGCCCAGUUGAGAGAGAUGGCCGGUUGUCAAGCUGAGUACAGUAAGGGCGGAGUAGCCGAUGGUGGUUUUGACGCUUUAGGUCAAUUGAUUGGAACGGCUGGUGAUGCAGUAGCCACUGGUAACCCUGAAGCUGCACUAGCUGCACUCACACAGGAAGCUAUGAUGGCACAGCAAAAGACAGGCCUAGCACCAAGAGCUCACGGAGCUACUGGGGGAGGUGUCGCAUCACUCAAUGAUGCCAUGAAGAGUAAGAAACCAUCGACUAAUGCUCCUCAACCUGGUGCUGCUGGUGGUCAAUCACUCAAUGAAGCAAUGGCUAGCAGGAAACAAGGAGCUAGACCUAAAGACAAAGGACAACCUACUGGUGCAGUAGGAGGUGUAACAAUGCAGCAAGCCACAGCAGGCAAAGGGGCACAACCUCCACCCCAGAGGAGUCCAGCAGCUGGGGUAACAGUACAACAAGCAAUGGGCGGUAAACCCUCGGCUAAACCUCCCGGCCCUCAACCCAAUACUGGAGCAGUUACUCUACAACAAGCCAUGACAGGGGGCAAAGGGGCAACUAGGCAGGCUGCUGCCGGUGGUGGUGUCACUGUGCAACAAGCUAUGGGUGGUAAGGGAGCUGCUGCUGCACAGCAACAUGGAGCGGCUGGAGGAAAGACUAUUGAUCAAGUGAUGGCAGGGAAGGGUGCUCAAGCAGCGGCUGGUAGAGGAGGCUACAACACAUUAGAGCAGGCAGCAGCGGGCAAGAACAAGGGAGCUGUUCCUCGGUCCCAACCACAACCCACACUCAAGCGUGAGAGAUCUGAAGUGGAGCAAAUUGAUGACAAUUUCUGGGAGGUGCCCAAAGAGAGCGUUCAAUUAGUGACUAUGAUUGCUAAUGGUACAUAUGGCGCAGUGUGGCGUGCUAAAGCUUGGGACAUCAGUGGCAAAGAUGGCAUGACAGUGGUAGCUGUCAAGGAACUGAAUAAAACAGCAGGGAAUGUAGCCAAGCAAGCAUUCAUAAAGGAACUUGAGGUCAUGAAGUCACUACAGAAACAUCCAUACGUACUCAACCUAUUGGGCUGCUGUACAUUCUAUGAUCCAGUGACUAUGGUUCUAGAAUAUGCUCCUCAUGGUUGUUUGUUGAACCACCUGAGGAAGAAUCGUCCUCAUACACCAGGAGGUAAACCACCAUCUUCCCCUGAGCUAGUCACUUAUGCAAUGCAGGUUGCUAAAGGAAUGGCUUACCUCAGCAGACAAAAGGUUGUCCAUGGAGACCUGACCACCCGGAAUGUCCUUCUUGGCCAGAGAAUGAUCUGCAAGAUCUCCAAUGCCGCUAGAGUCCGUAAUGUCGUGGAGAAUGUGGCUGAGGGUCGUCUAGGUAUUCGUUGGAUGAGUCCAGAAUCUAUCUGUGCUAGUGUCUACACUACAAUGAGUGAUAUCUGGUCGUAUGGUAUACUCAUAUGGGAAAUCACUACGUAUGGUUCUACUCCGUAUCCUGGCAUGUCUGCACGUGAUGUUAGCAAUAGACUCAAAGUUGGAUACCGAAUGGACAAACCGGAACAUUGCUCACAGGAAUUGUUCUCUAUUGUACAAGCUUGCUGGGCAGAUAAUCCCAAGAAGCGACCCUCAUUCCGUACACUCAGCCUUGAUCUGGAGAAACUACUGGCUGACAAUAAGACGGUUCAUGUUGACUCUGCAAAAUAUGACAAGACCAACUAUAAAGACUUGGAUGACCUUCGACCUCACACCCCUGGCACUGUAGCUCGCUAAUUUCAUCCGAGAUGAACAAAAACUUUACAGUUUAACUAUAAUAGUUCUAAAAUCGAAUUCAAGUGCCAAAUAAUGUAAACUAACAUAUGAAGUUAAUUUUUGGGGGACAUUUAUUUUUAUUUUUAUUAUUGUUUUAUUUAUAGAA